AUGCUUCGCAUUGUACUGCUCUUAGGUGUAGUGUGUCUGCUCUUACAAAAUGGAUACACAAUUGCCACAAGUACCAAUAGUGAUGCAGAGACCAAUCGAGAUGGGGUGCCAGGCACUGGAUAUGGUUGUGAUAUGGAGUGUGGUGGAGCAGAUGUAAACUAUGUGUUGAAAGCGACGGUUGCUGAAUGGUACAUUCACGGAAGUAAACGAAUUCCAGGCAAAAGUGGAGACUUUGUGUAUGCGAAUGGGGGUGCUACAUAUCGCACACGGACAUGGGAGGAUGGCGGCAGUACAUCCCCACUCUGCACAAUGGAUGCAACAGGUAAGCCCUGGAGCGGCACAAAGGGUAAUGUAGCCCCUGUCUGCAGGCCAAACCCGGACAGAGCAUGGCUAUAA